CUUCUACGUUCCACUUUGACUCCCGACUAUUUCUCAUUGCCACGCGGUGGAGAAGGAACCAUCCUAAGGCGAACGACAUUACUUUGAAAGUACUCCAUCUGGAAUCACCACUUUGCAGACAAAAGAAGAGAAGUCCAAAAAGCGCACAGGCCAGAGACGCUCGUCUCCCCGUCUCCAGGAUGCUCGUCGCCCUUAUCGACCGGGUCUGGGCCAACACCGUCCUCUACCUCAUUGGCGUCGCCACAGCAUGGUCCAUCCGACAGUACUCUUCACCUCUGAUUUCUUCGGGACUGCUGGUCGGCGCCACCGUUGUGUAUUUGAUGAACUUCAUCGGCCAUGUGGAACAGGAGCGCAAGAUCGAGAAUCUCGGUGGCCACACAGCGCAAUUGAGGACUUUUUCGCCGUGGAAUAUUUCAGUCUUGUUUCAAGGAAUUACCUAUGCGAGAAAGUCUAUGAAUCAUAUAUUUUGGGGACUGAUAUUUACCAGAGCUGGUGCGGGCAAUCACUCUCACACCGCAGAGGUCCAGGCAGCUGGACAGCGAAUUAUCUUCACAAGGGAUGAAGAGAACAUCAAAGCCAUUCUCGCGACCCAAUUCCAGGACUAUGGCAAGGGACCACAGUUCCGGAAGGAUUGGGGUCACUUUUUGGGCCUGAGCAUCUUCACCACCGAUGGAGAGAUCUGGCACAACUCUCGUACUCUUCUCCGACCGCAGUUCAUCAAGGACCGCGUUUCUGAUCUGCACACUUUCGAGCAUCACAUUCAGGAGCUCUUGCCCAUGCUUGCCGGCGAUCACGAUGGAGCCACUGUCCGUUUAGACGAUCUGCUCUUCCGCUACACUCUCGACGCCGCCACUGGUUUCCUAUUCGGUAGCGGCGUGGGUAGCUUGAAGAAUGGCGAGACGGAAUUCGCUCUGGCGUUCGCGGAGGCUCAGAGGGUGCAGUCCAUCAUCGCUCGGGCUGGCCCCAUGAACGGUUUGGUCCCGAGAAAAAGCUUCAACGAGGCUGUAAAGAUUCUGAAUGAGUUCACCGGCCGUUUCAUCGAUGAGGCCCUCGCUCUUCCGCAACACGAACUCGAGAAGAAGACCAAGUCCGACGAAGGCUUCACCUUCCUGCACGCUCUCGCUGGCUACACACGUGACCGCACGAUCCUUCGCGACCAGCUCGUCGCCGUACUCCUCGCCGGCCGCGAUACCACCGCUUGUACCCUUUCCUGGCUCUUCUACGAACUCAGCACACAUCCUGAAAUUGUCAAGAAACUGCGACAAGAGAUUCUCUCCGUCGUCGGCCCUAAUGAAGAGCCUACUUACGACCAUCUCAAAGCCAUGCGCUACCUCACACAUACAAUGAAUGAGACCCUCCGGCUUUACCCAGUCGUGCCGUACAACGUCCGCGUAGCCUUGAAGGACACAACGUUGCCUCACGGUGGCGGUCCAGAUGGACUGCAGCCGAUUGGUAUCACAGAGGGAACCCCCAUUGGAUAUUCGACCUUCGUCAUGCAGAGAAGAGAGGACAUCUACCCGAGCGCAAAGGAGGGAUUCCCGGAUCCGAAACAAUUCGUACCUGAGAGGUGGGAGGGCUGGACACCGAAGGCAUGGACGUAUAUUCCAUUCAAUGGAGGCCCGAGAAUCUGCAUUGGACAGCAGUUUGCGCUGACCGAGAUGGCGUACACGGUCGUGCGCAUUCUGCAGACUUAUGAUACGGUGAGCUUCUAUCGCAAGAACGAGAAAUUUCCGGGUACGAAGGCGGAUAUUGUGCUCCAGCCAGCGGAUGGAGUUUUUGUCGCUUUCAAGAAGGCAAGCAGGUCAUGA